UGUGAGAUAAAUGUGAUAAACAGGACAAAAGAAAUAUUUGUGAUCAAAAGUUUUUUGAAGCAAUUUGAGUAUUCAUAUGAAAUUACAUCAAUGACAAAAUGAAUAAUGAAUAAUAUAUUAAAACUGCAUGCAUCUUAUUUUAUUCAUAACCAUCACUAUCAGUAUGUCAAUGAUCCUCCGCACGAUACCACUCAAGUAAAGUUUUACCUGACACUUUCAUACGAGCAUCUCACUCUCAAUCAGCUCAUCUUUCACACUAUCAUUGCUACCGUCGUCUUAUCAGCUACCUCGAUUCACUGCAUUUAUUUUAUUGUGAUUUCAUUGCUGUGUAUGGAUUGUACCCAAACAGUCCACUAGUCCAAAUUAUAUAUUACUCAACCAGUGCCAUAUAAAGCUUCAACUCAGGGUUAUAUUUAGUUUUCUUCAUUUUUUUACCGUUAUUGAAUCAGCUUAUUUCUUGAAACUGGUUAUUUUAGCUUAAAAAUGCUUGCAAUCAGAAACAGUGCUAAACUCGGUGUUAGAUUAUGGAACAAUCGAUCGAUUGCCAGCUUAUCAGCGUUACCAGAUACGCAUCAGAUGCUGCAAAAAACAUGUCGCGAUUUUGCUAACAAUGAGCUGAUUCCGAUCGCAGCAAAAAUUGAUCGUGAACAUCUGUAUCCGGCUGAGCAGAUCCAGAAGAUGGGUGAGCUUGGAUUAAUGGCUGUGGCAAUCGAAGAAAAAUAUGGGGGCACCGGAUUGGACUAUCUAGCAUACGCCAUCGCUAUGGAGGAAAUUUCUCGUGGUUGUGCCUCAGCCGGUGUGAUCAUGUCUGUCAAUAAUUCUCUCUAUCUGGGUCCUCUCGAUCGAUAUGGCAACGAAUCACAAAAGCAAAAGUACGUAACCGAAUAUACUGAUGGGAAAAGGGUCGGUUGUUUUGCUCUGUCCGAACCUGGAAACGGAUCAGAUGCUGGAGCGGCUUCCACGGUUGCCACAGCCAAAAGCGAUCGUUGGGUUUUAAACGGAACGAAAUGCUGGAUUACAAACGCUUAUGAAGCAGAGAGUGCCAUUGUUUUUGCGACAACUGACAAAGGCCUGAAACAUAAGGGGAUAUCUGCAUUUAUAGUACCGAAGAACAGCAAAGGAUUCACAUUAGGCAAAAAAGAAGACAAACUCGGAAUUCGGGGAUCAUCAACCGCUCAGUUGAUCUUCGAAGAUUGUGAAAUUCCAAAAGAGAAUCUACUGGGAGAGCCAGGAUUGGGAUUCAAAAUAGCCAUGCAAACUUUAGACGCAGGUCGCAUUGGGAUUGCCAGUCAGGCUCUUGGUAUUGCUCAAGCUUCAUUGGAAUGUGCCGUCGAUUACGCCAAUAAACGGAUCGCUUUCGGUAAACCGAUCUCCAAACUGCAGGCCAUCCAAUCAAAAAUUGCCGACAUGUCUGUUAGCCUAGAGUCAGCUCGUUUGCUGACGUGGCGUGCAGCUUGGCUGAAGGAUAAUAAGAAACCGUACACCAAAGAAGCAGCUCAAGCAAAGCUUACCGCAUCUGAAGCGGCCACUUUCUGUGCCCAUCAAUGUAUUCAGAUUCUGGGAGGAAUGGGAUACGUAUCGGAUAUGCCGGCUGAACGGCACUACCGAGACGCUAGGAUCACAGAAAUUUAUGAAGGAACGUCCGAGAUUCAACGUUUAGUAAUUGCCGGACUGGUUAUCAAAGAGCUGUCCUCUUAAAAACAGUAGUGCCAUUGAAACCUCAUAUCAAUAAACAACUUAUAUUUCGAGAAAAAAUAUCAGCUGAUGGAGAAUAUACUCUAUAUUCAUAUGUUAUGCUCGAAAGUUCUAUGUUUAUAUAUACUCAGUUUUUUUUACAAUAGAAGUUAGUAGCAUCCAGGAUAUAGAUAAAUACGAAGAAAACAAAACAUGUAUCAUUUAGAAAACAUUUUUACUAUAAAACUCAGGAAAUAGUUCACCAACCAGUAGUUUAUAUCAAUACUAAAUACAACGCAUUUGUUACCACAUCAGACAA